AUGGACAGCAACUUUUUCUGUACCGAGUGUCAGAUUCCAUUCACAGCUCGUAGCUCCUUGUAUCGCCACAUGAGACAAAAACAUGACAAAGAGCCAAGAGCUGUUUAUCCCAAUGCGUGUGCUUUCUGCCUUAAAACUUUUAAAUUUAAAUAUUUAUUAACUCGUCAUGUGAGCCAAGUUCAUAAUAAUAUCCCUAACCCUUCACCUGCCCAGUCUUCUUCGGUAUCUUUUGAAGACAUUACACACCUUUCCUCCUCCACUAAAACAAAUAUAAAGCAUCCUUCUUUACCCACCUCAUAUACUACUACAUGUUUGACAUCACCUUACAAUUUGCUUUCACCCACAUCAGAUCCUCUUCACAAACAUCCCCACGUAAGUUUAUCGCCACAUCCUUGUACUUCCUCUACCAAAGUUCAAAUUCACACGCCUCCCAUUCCCAGUUCCCCAAUCAGUACUAAGGAAAAUUUUACAGGUACACCAUCAACAAAAGAGAAACUAAGAUAUCCACUUUCUGCUUGCUCAUCUUUUACCUCUGCUCCUUCCAUAUCAGAUCGUCUUCACAAACAUUCCCACGUAAGUUUAUCGCCACAUCCUUGUACUUCCUCUACCAAAGUUCAAAUUCACACGCCUCCCAUUCCCAGUUCCUCAAUCAGUACUAAGGAAAAUUUUAUAGGUACACCAUCAAGGAAAACCAGAAUAAGAUGUCCACUCCCUCCCUGCUCCUCUGUUUUUUCUAGGUACACAAGUUUAUACGAUCAUAUUGAGUUUUAUCACAAAACUACAAUUGAUUAUGAACAGUUUGUGUUUCAAAACAUUAAAGGUUUGAAGUUUUUUCUUUCAGUCCAGGCCCAGAACAAAACUCCAAUUGCCUGGAGCCCAGAAUUUCUUAAGGCUUUUGAUGACAUAAAGAAAGCACUUGUAAAUGCAGCACUACUUCUAUAUCCAGAUGCUUCAGCCAACAUUUGCUUGGUGACGGAUGCCUCUACAACAGCUAUUGGUGCUACCCUGGAGCGGGAAGAAAAUGGUGCCUGGCAACCAAUUGGUUUCUACUCCAGACAACUAACAAAAACAGAACAGAAGUAUUCAACAUAUGAUCGAGAGCUACUUGGCAUAUUUGCUGCUAUAAAGUUAAUGUCAAGGUGA